CGUGGAGUUCCAGUCGUCCGGUAACCCCAUCAAUCUGAUAUUGCUGGUCAGGUACCGUAAAGCUAUGGUCACUCGUUCCGGCUGGGAUCAUCAGGUCCUUUCUGUUAGUCCCGAGACUGCGUCUAUAUCUUAAUUUAUCCGAGAUGAUCAAGUGCCUCUUUCCUGUAGCUCAAUAGCUAACCGGCUUAGCCUGGCGUUGGGAAAGCCCCAUCGAGAAGUCCGAAUGAAUGAACUGAUCUUGCGACUACGGAUACCGCAUAUCGGCAGAGCGGAGUCUUCCAUCGCAAUCAAAGGUGCGUUAGGAAUUAGUCAAGGGUAGGUAUAUAGGCAAGCUUCCUCAAUAACCUUGGUUCUACUUUCUCUAGCCUCUUCCACCUGUGUUGGUCGUCCCGUCGGCUUCGACUAUCAAGAUGAAGGUCUCUUACAUCCUUGCUCUUCUUCCCCUGGUGGUCGCUUCACCAGCCCCGGUCCGUCCUCGCCCUACUAGAGCAAGGCAGGCCCUAGGCCUCGGCGGUCUCGCGAGAAAGGCAGGAUUGAAGUACUUUGGCACAGCUAUCGAUAAUGUCGUUCUCGACAACACGCAGUAUACCUCCAUCGCCUUCGAUAGAUCUGAGUUCAAUCAAGUCACCGCGUCGAAUGGACAGAAGUGGGUGCACAUCGAGCCCAAAAGAGGCGUCUUUAACUAUACUCUGGGAGACGAAAUCGUCGAUCCGUCCAAGGAUGCAGGACAGAUACGUCGAUGCCACACGUUCCUGUGGCAUAACCAACUUCCCAAGUGGCUGACGUCAGGAAACUGGACGAAGACGACCUUGCUCAACGUGUUAGAGAAUCACAUCAAACACGAAGCAGACUACUAUUGGGGCGACUGCUACGCAUGGGAUGUGGUAAAUGAAGCAUUCAACGACAACGGGACCUACCGCUCCGACAUUUGGCUCGACACCAUAGGCCCAGAAUACAUUGAACACGCCUUCCGAUUUGCACGCAAGUACACGUCGCCCGGCACCAAGCUGUACUACAACGACUACGGCAUCGAGCGCGUGAACAGUAAAUCCCUCGCCGUCCAAGCCCUCAUCAAGGACUUCCAGAAACGCAAGGUGCCGAUUGAUGGCGUGGGCUUGCAGUCCCACUUCACCGUCAGCCGCGCACCAUUAUACACCGACGUCCGCGCCGCACAGCAACUCUUCACCUCUCUCGGUCUCGAAACCGCUCUCACGGAGCUAGACGUCAGACUGGAUUUACCCGAUGAUGCGCACAAGACGGCUACGCAAGCGAAGAUCUACGCAGAUAGUGUGCGUGCAUGUGUAGACGAGAAGAAGUGCGUUGGCGUGACGGUGUGGGAUUUCUGGGACCCGGUAUCCUGGGUUCCGGAGACUUUUGCUGGCGAGGGUAAUGCGUGUCUCUUGGAUGCCAAGUUUAAUCGCAAGCCGGCGUAUUAUGCUGUUGCGGAUGUGUUGACCAGGGGGGCUGCGAAUGGGACCAGGAGGGGGUGGUGAAUAGGGGAUGGGAGGCUGCUUGGUAGCCAGCUGGUAGUAGAUUGGAAUGAGAAUGAGUUAAGAGUUACUAUAGCCUGAAUUGUUGGAAUGCAAGCUGUAACUUGUAUCUCUUGGCGCUGGUUUCGAGCAGUUGCA